AUGUGUUUUGGAGCCACAGCGGCACCCAGAAAAUCUCAGCUGUUCUUAAGGAGCUCCAUAUUUGUUUGAGCUCUUUAGUGAUGAGUGGAGCUUUGGACUUCGUGCUUUAACCUUGUGUGAUUUCCUCCCUCGCAUCAUCUUUGCUCUCUGCCCUUGCGAGGACAUCUCCUGCCCUCAGCCUCCUGGUGGCAACUCUCAUUUAAAUCAGACGAUGAGGCCACCGACUGCAAGGCAGAGCGGCGAGUGAGCUCACCGCCGGGAUACGUGCUGGCCGAAGCUUUAGCUUUACUGAAGGAAUGCACCUUUCUUCAUACUACUGACCGCUGCCCACCCACUACUUCCACUGACCAUGCAUUAUUGGAAAGGAGAGGCGAACGGGUUGUCCUACGCUGCUGGCGGCUGCAUUGAUUUUCCUCCAGUCUGCGUUCAUUUGAUCGAGACCGAGCAGCGACAUGAGAGUAAGGCGAACGAAAGCGUGGGCACGCCAGGGAGCAUGUUGAGCUCUGUGAACUGAGAUCGGCUGCAGACGCCUGGCGAAAAACAGGAGGGAGGCAGGAGAAUCUCCAGUUUGGGCCCAGCUGCCUUUAUGGGUGACACGCCGCAGUCCUGACCCAGAACAAUGAACCAGUCUGAACUGACAACAGACCCUUCGAUCACUGCCAACAUCAGCCAUGGAGGCUCGGUUCCUGGCAGGGCCUCGAACCACUCCUGCCCCUUGGGCUGGGGGCUGAACGGAGGCCUGGAUGCUUGUAUUCUGGAGACCGCUGUCAUCGUGCUGCUAACUGUGCUGAUUAUUGCCGGGAACUUGACGGUGAUCUUUGUGUUCCACUGCGCCCCUCUGCUGCACCACUACACCACCAGCUACUUCAUCCAGACCAUGGCCUACGCCGACCUGCUGGUGGGGCUCAGCUGCUUGGUGCCCACCCUGUCGUUACUCCACUACCCAACCAGUGUCCAGGAGCCGGUCACAUGCCAAGUUUUCAGCUACGUCAUCUCUGUUCUGAAGAGUGUUUCAAUGGCCUGCUUGGCCUGCAUCAGCGUGGACCGGUACCUGGCUAUAACCAAGCCGCUGUCCUACAACCAGCUGGUGACGCCGUGCCGCCUACGAGGCUGCAUCACUCUCAUCUGGGUCUACUCCAGCCUGAUUUUCUCCCCCUCCUUCUUUGGUUGGGGUAAGCCGGGCUAUCACGGGGAUAUUUUCGAGUGGUGCGCACACUCUUGGCCCACCUCCGCCCUCUUCACAGGCUUCGUGGUGUGCUUGCUCUACGCGCCUGCUGCCCUUGUGGUCUGCUUUACCUAUUACCACAUCUUCCGCAUUUGUCAGCAACACAACAGGGAGAUCAGCGAACGACGCGCACGCUUCCCCAGCCAGGAGAUGGAGGCCGGCGAAGGGAAUGGCGGCGGGCAUCACGGGCCGGAUCGGCGCUACGCGAUGGUACUCUUUCGCAUUACCAGUGUUUUCUAUAUGCUUUGGCUGCCCUACAUAAUCUACUUUCUUCUAGAAAGCUCCCACGUGCUGGACAGCCCUGCCCUCUCCUUCAUAACAACCUGGCUGGCCAUUAGCAACAGCUUUUGCAACUGUGUCAUCUACAGCCUGUCUAACAGCGUGUUCCGGCUCGGCAUGCGUCGGCUCUCGCAGACCAUUUGCUCCUUCAGCCACUGUGCUGCAGAUGACCGGGACUUCGGCGAGCCUAAACCGAGAAAGAGGGCAAACUCGUGCUCCAUCUGAAGCCAUGUCUCCUACAGGAUGAGGAAAUAAGAAUCCCAGCAUGCUUAGCAGCUAGUUAACUCGUAGUUAAAUUGGCAGGGCUCAGUGGAUAACUGUAUCAACCUUUUUAGCUGAUAACUGUGACAUUA